AUGUCUUUUAAAUUAACAGAGGGUCAUUGGAAUGUACUUUUAGAGUUUAUGGAGCAGCUUAAAGAAUUUGUAAAGGGACAGUUCUCUGGUCCCACUGGAAGAAUAAUUCAGAGAAAACUUUGGGAAGAGCUUGCUCAAUUAUUAAAUUCACUUGGCGAAGGAAGUAAGCCUGUUGAGAAAUGGCAAAAGACUUGGUCAGAUAUUAAAUAUUCAAUCAAAAGGAAGGCCUCUGCGAAAAAGCAAGAUAUUGCAGUCACUGGUGGAGGGCCAAAAGUGAAGCCCGAACUAAACCAAUUAGAGGAACGGGUUAUUAAUAUAUUGGGAAAAACUUUUUAUGAAGGAGUCAGUGUAUCUGAGUGUGGAAUUCCGUCUACCAGUGAAGAUGAUUUCCUAUCCACCUCUAAAGAUGUUUUCCCCCAGAAUAGUUUGGAAGACACACCUAUCCAUUUACCGGUAUGUAACUACAUUGAUAAAUUCUCAAUAUUUUUUCUAGUUAGCCUAGAUGUUACAUAUGACAAAUCCCUCGGGUCACCUUACCUUCAACAGAUUUACAGAGCUCCUGUAAAAGUAGGAGACGGGAGCUUUGGGAUAGUAUGCAAACAAUUUAAAACUCCAUUAUGUUCUAACGCAAUAUAUAAAGAAAUUCGUAAUAACGAGAAAGUGGGAAUCCACCAAACCUGA